CUGUGAGCUAGCCGCAGGGGCAGGGCAGACAAGAAGUUACGGCACAGGGCACAUUAUGCGCGCAGGGCCGCUUGGGGAUGAUGUAUGUGGGCUAUCUGUUGGAUAAGGACACCAACAUGUACCCCAACCCAGUCAGGCAUCCCAGCCUGAACCUCAGUCCCCAGAAUUACGUGCCUGUGCCCCCUCAAUAUCCGGAUUUUGCUAGCUACCACCACGUGCCAGGGAUUAACAGCGAUCCUCAUCAUGGGCAGCCGGCGGGUUCCUGGGGUUCUCCAUACACUCCAACCAAAGAGGAUUGGCACUCUUAUGGCGCAGGAGCCCCGUCAUCGGUCGCUAACCCGGGCCAGCUUGGAUACAGCACCCCUGAUUUCAAUCCAAUACAGCCUCCCGGCUCUGGACUGCUUCCCCCUUCCAUGAGCGGCUCAAUACCCCAGCUAUCCCCAAACGCGCAAAGGCGCACCCCUUUUGAAUGGAUGAGACGCAACGUUCCCACCAGCAAUAACAGUGGCAAGACCAGAACAAAGGACAAGUACCGUGUUGUAUACACAGACCAUCAGCGCUUGGAACUGGAGAAGGAGUUCCAUUACAGCCGCUACAUCACCAUCCGGCGGAAAGCAGAGCUGGCAGCAACAUUAGGACUCACUGAACGGCAGGUGAAAAUCUGGUUCCAGAAUCGGAGAGCCAAAGAGAGGAAGGUGAACAAGAAGAAGAUGCAGCAACAAACACAGCCUGCUAGUACGACCACACCCACCCCUCCAGCAGUUGGCACGCCUGGUCCAAUUGGAGGUAUCUGCAGCAGUACCACCAACCUGGUCUCCUCAUCGCCAAUGACUAUCAAGGAAGAAUACAUGCCUUAAAUCCUGCUCUUCCAUUUGAGCUACAGAUUCAGAAAUAUAUGGUAGACCAAGAGAACCAAAAUAGCUGGCAGAUACUAGAGGCUAAGAGUUCUUAUUAUCACUGAGACCAUGAAGCCACUUCCUUUGCAUCCAGUGUGUGUUUUAUAUGGUAUCACUGGACAAAUUUCAUAGACUUGUUCCUAUGUAUAAAAGCAGUACAGUAGUUGUUAUUAGUUAACUAUAUGGAAGGAUUUGCUGCUGUCUGAAAAUAUUUAAAGGGGGAAAUGCAGAUAUAGAUGCUUGUGUACGGGGGAAAGAAAAGAAACAAACAACAGGGCACUGAGAAAGUAUUUCGGGAUAAUCUGUCAGCCUCUGCUCAGGAUUGGCACUCAAGCCUUGAUAACUGAGUCAUGAAAGAGCUAGAUAUGAGAGCAGGUCAACCAUCCAAGGUUUAAGCCAUGUCUGAAUCCCAUCCAAGUCAGUUAACAACAGUCAGGUGGGUGGUUCCAUGGAAGAGUUCAGAUACAUAGCACUAAAAGCUACAGGCAUUCAGUAUAGCAUUUGAGUGGAACUGAGUAGCCAACAGUAAGACAAGUCUGAGAUGACUGAAAGCUGCCUAAGUGCAAAGUGUAUAAAAAGAGGCAGACAUCCUGGAUUAGAGAGCAAAGUAUUGAUACCAGUAGUUGGCUUGUUGGUCUCUUAGUACAUCAAGUAUCAAAUUCUGAAUCUAAGAAUUUCCUUUUCUUUGUGUUGUUAAAAAUAGUUCAAUAUGCUGAACUGUAUUUCAGGACGCACCAGUACUAGACCCCUCAGGGCAUAUUGACUCAAUGGUAAAACAUGCACGCACGCUCAAGGCUCAGUCCCAAGCAUCUCCAGUGACAAGGAUCUCAGAAAGCAGAUUUUGAGAGCACCCCACCCAUCCAAGAUGCUGGAGAGCUGCUGCCAGUCAAAGUACAUGAUACUGAGCUAGAUGGGUGCCUGAUUCAGUAUAAGGCAGCUUUUCGUAUGAUUCCUCUCCUCGAAUGUGUGAUAGGACAACCGUUCAGCAGCUUAACUCAUGCUUGUCUUGCUUCUCCCUAUUUUUGGGAUGGUGGGGUGCCUAGCUGGGAUUUGCC